AUGCUCACAAAAGCACGAGCCGCGGUUGGGGUGGGUCCUUUGACGUGGGACCUAAAGGUGGCUCUUUAUGCCUCUACCCACACGAACUGGCUUAUACUUGUGUGCGCUUUUAAAUACUUGGAGAUGCGCGCUGACAAUUUUUAUGGGAUCUAUCAGUGUAUGAAGGAUGAAGAAGAGAUGAUGAAAGUGUAA